AUGAGUUUGUUUUCAUGCCGAAAUGGUUUUAAUAUAUCAUGGGAUCAUGUCUGCGAUGGUGUAAAUCAAUGCAAUGAUGGCUCAGAUGAAAUUCAAUGUCAAUGUCAAGGUGAUUUCUAUACGUGUAUUCAAGGGAAUAAUGUCAGUUGUCGACUUGGAUGUGAAAGUGAUUUUAAAUAUGUAACAUGUCUAACGUACAGAAAUAAACGAGCAUGUGAACAGUAUCAUAAACGUAGUAUGUUUCUUAUAUUAUCUAUGUACACAACGUUCUAUUUUCGUUUACGUUCAUUUCUAGAAAAUAUUAGUACCGUAUCGCAUAUCGGUGUGCAAUUGACAAUAGCCGAUUCGUCAACUUCAAGUCAUUUUGAUGCAUUAAAAUAUUCUGCACUUCUUGCUGCUAGUAUCCUUCUCGUAGUAUCAAUUGUAUCUAUUUUUAUUUAUCUAAUUCGUAAAAAAUCGCCGUUAAAUUUAUUGUCAUGUAAUUCAUCGUUUAUAAAUGGAAAACAAUGUUGUUUAUCAAAUUCAACAGAAUCAAACGUUUUACCGGCAUCUAUUAUACUACAAAGUACAUCAUCACAAUUACCUCGUUACUCACCAUUUAUUACAGACAGUAACCUAAGAUCAAAUCAUAACAAUAUACCUCCACCGUCCUAUCGAUAUUCUUUAGCUACAUCGGAUGAAUUUUAUGAGCCGCCUCCGUAUCCAGGGGAUACACCGAUGAAUCAUUCGCAUGAAAUUUAUUAUGAAUCAAUUAAAUCGCCAUCGAGUUCAACGUUAUUUAUAAAUCAAUCAUCACUAACGUCUUCGAAAAUAAAUUAUAAUAGUACAAACACGACAAAACAAGGCAGUAUUAGUCAAAAUCAUAACACAUCAUGUAUUACUGGAAGAAUGCAUUGUGUAUAA